GGGCCCUUCCCACCGAGCCACGCCGCUCCUCGGUUCUAUUUAUCUACUUGGAUGGUAGCGAGGCCUGUCGACUGGUUCUCUCUCGCCGUCCGUCCCCCGCUUCCGGACCGCGAGCCCGCGGUGCCAUGGCGGAGACCCGCAAGGAGGAGGGCGGAGAGGAGGGGCCCGGGGAGACCCCCGAAGGGAGCGGAGCGGAGCCCCCCAUCCCCGCCGCCUCGGUGGCCGCCAAGAACCUGGCCCUGCUGAAGGCGCGCUCCUUCGACGUGACCUUCGACGUGGGAGAUGAGUACGAGAUCAUCGAGACCAUCGGCACGGGCGCCUACGGGGUGGUCUCCUCCGCCCGCCGCCGCCUCACCGGCCAACAGGUGGCCAUCAAAAAGAUCCCCAAUGCCUUCGACGUGGUGACCAACGCCAAGCGGACCCUGCGGGAGCUGAAGAUCCUCAAACACUUCAAGCACGACAACAUCAUCGCCAUCAAGGAUAUCCUGAAGCCCACCGUGCCCUACGGGGAGUUUAGAUCCGUCUACGUGGUCCUGGACCUGAUGGAGAGCGACCUGCACCAGAUCAUCCACUCGUCUCAGCCGCUGACCCUGGAGCACGUGCGCUACUUCCUGUACCAGCUGCUGCGCGGCCUCAAGUACAUGCACUCGGCCCAGGUGAUCCAUCGCGACCUCAAGCCCUCCAACCUGUUGGUGAACGAGAACUGCGAGCUGAAGAUCGGCGACUUCGGCAUGGCCCGGGGGCUGUGCGCCGCCCCGGCCGAGCGCCAGUACUUCAUGACGGAGUACGUGGCCACCCGCUGGUACCGCGCCCCCGAGCUGAUGCUCUCGCUGCACGAGUACACCCAGGCCAUCGACCUCUGGUCCGUGGGCUGCAUCUUCGGGGAGAUGCUGGCCCGGCGCCAGCUGUUCCCGGGCAAGAACUACGUCCACCAGCUGCAGCUGAUCAUGACGGUGCUGGGCACCCCGUCCCCGGCCGUGAUCCGGGCCGUCGGGGCCGAGCGGGUGCGGGCCUACAUCCAGAGCCUGCCCCCGCGCCAGCCGGUGCCCUGGGAGUCGGUGUACCCGGGGGCCGACCGGCAGGCCCUGGCGCUCCUGGGCCGCAUGCUGCGCUUCGAGCCGGGGGGCCGGGUCUCGGCGGCCGCCGCCCUCCGCCACCCGUUCCUGGCCAAGUACCACGACCCGGACGACGAGCCGGACUGCGCGCCGCCCUUCGACUUCGCCUUCGACCGGGAGGCCCUGACCCGGGAGCGCAUCAAGGAGGCCAUCGUGGCGGAGAUCGGCGACUUCCACGCCCGGCGCGAGGGCAUCCGCCAGCAGAUCCGCUUCCAGCCCUCCCUGCGGCCCGCGGCCGGGGCCGGGGGGCGGCGCUGCCCGGACGUGGAGAUGCCCAGCCCCCGGGGGCCGGGCGGAGACUGCGCCAUGGAGUCGCCCCCGCCGGCCCCCGGGCCCCGCCCGGACGCCGCCGUCGACCCGGCCUCGGCCCGCCCCGCCCCGCCCCCCGGGGACCCGGCCCCGCCCAAGCGGGAGGGGGCCAUUUCCGACAACACCAAGGCCGCCCUCAAGGCCGCCCUCCUCAAGUCCCUGAGGAACCGGCUUAAAGACGGUCCCAGCGCCCCUCCGGAGGCUCCCGAGCCCCGGAAGCCGGUGACGGCCCAGGAGCGGCAGCGGGAGCGGGAGGAGAAGCGGCGGCGGCGGCAGGAGCGGGCCAAGGAGCGGGAAAAGCGGCAGAAGGAGCGGGAGCGCAAGGAGCGAGGCGGCGGGGCGGGAACCGGGCCCCCCGGGGACCCGCUGGCCGGCCUGGUGCUGAGCGAUAACGACCGCAGCCUGUUGGAACGCUGGACCCGCAUGGCCCGGCCCCCGGCUCCCGCGGCCGAACCCCCGGCCCGGCCCGCCGGCCCGCCCCGCGGCCCCCCUCCGCCCGCCGCCUCCUCGUCGGAUCCCCCGGCCCCCGUCGCCCCCCUCCCUGCCUCCCGGCCGCCGCUCCCGCCCCCCGGGCCUCCCGCCCCGGCCCCCGUGGGCCCCCCGCCCUACUUCGCCCCCGGGCCCCCGCCCCCGGAGGCCGGGGGCCCCCGGCGGGCCCCCGCCUCGGAAUCGCCCGACGUCAACUCGGUGACCCAGCAGCUGUCGAAGUCGCAGGUGGAGGACCUGCUGCCCCCCGUCUUCUCCGGGACCCCGAAGGGCAGCGGGGCAGGCUACGGCGUCGGCUUCGACUUGGAGGAGUUUCUCAAUCAGUCCUUCGACAUGGGAGUGACGGAGGGGCCCCAGGACGGCCAGGCCGAUUCCGCCCCGCUGUCGGCCUCUCUUCUGGCCGACUGGCUGGAGGGUCACGGCAUGAACCCGGCCGACAUCGAAUCCCUGCAGCGCGAGAUCCAGCUGGACUCCCCCAUGCUGCUAGCCGAUCUGCCGGACCUACAGGAGCCGUGAGGGGCCUCGGCACCGGGCGUCCGGGAGGGGACCCCCGGGCCGGAGCACGGCGGGGCACCCGGCUUCCGCGGCGAGGGACGGGGCUGGAAGGGGAGAAUCGGAGGCCCGGGCGAGCCGGCCCCGCCUUCUCGGAAGGGACCCGGCCCGGGGCCCUCGUCCGGGAAGUGUUAAUUUAUUCUCCGGGUUCAUCUCAAACCGAACCUCGGGCAGAGAAGCCCGAGGACGAGGAGACGGAACGUGGACCGGCGGGGCCUUGCUCGUCUCGGGGCUGCCGUUUUCAACGCUGCCCCUUUUUACAGUCCCGCGUCCUAGGAAAUAUAAGACUUGCCCUUG